AUGGCGGCGGCGGCGGCGGCGUCCCAUCCCGACGGCGGCACGAAGACGCGGCGGGAGGACGGGGAAGGAGAAGCAGGCGCGGAGGACCGCCUCACGGCGCUGCCGGAGGCGCUGCGGCUGCAGGUUCUCUGCCUCCUCCCGCUCAAGUCCGCCAUCCGCACGGGCGUGCUCUCCACCCAGUGGGAGGCGCUCUGGACGCGCCGCUGGCCGCCGCCCUCCUCCCUCGACUUCCGCUUCGCCGCCUACGAGUCCUCGCGACCGAUUACCGAAGCCCUCGAGCGGCGCGGGCUGCAGCGCCUCGAUCGGUUCGCCCUUUCCUUCGGUAUCGGCGAACUCGGCGAGGAGGAUUUCAGCCGCUGCGUCGACUACGCCGCCGCCUGCGCCGUCGAGGACCUGCGCGUCCACUACGUCGACCCAACGUCCCCCAGCUUCGACUUCCAGUUCCGCCCCCAGCCGGAAGACCCCCACCUCACGCGUCUCUCCCUCCGCGGCAUCACCAUCGGCAACCCCCUCUGCUCCUGUGCCUUCACCGCCCUCGAGGUCAUCCAGCUCCGCCGCGUCUACGUCUCCGACACUACACUCCUACUUCUUGUCGAUGGUUGCCCCCUCCUCCGCAGCCUCGACUUGCGCUACUGCGCAGGCCUGAACUUCGUCAGCAUCAUGGGGGCUGGGGCUCACCUGACCAGCCUCACCGUUGCAGAAUGCCCACUGCUCACCAGUAUAUCUGCCUACGGGGCGUUCAGCCUCCGGUCAUUCCGCUACAGCGGAGCCUACAUUGCCGCCUAUAGCAUCCCGGCCACCUCGGAGCUCACCGACCUUUGCAUCUGCUUCAGGCGACCCGCUCGCGAGUGGAUGCGUGUGUCAUGUUAUGCACCGGAACCUCAAUCCGAUGAGCUGCGCAGGAACUGGCUUGAACUACUCACAAACCUGGCCAACCUCACUGUGCUUACCCUCUGCAGCAGCGCCCUACAGAAAGUGUCUGCCAGUGCUCGUGCCAGAUCAGUUGCCGGCAAUGCUGCACCUUGCAAGUUGCACAAUUUGAGAGAGCUUCAGCUGCUUAUGUUUGCAAUGUCCAAUGAAAACAUGGAUGACAUUUAUGUUUUCCUCAUGAACUGCUGCGGCCCUCGAUUGGAGAGGCUAUUUGUGCAGCUUCCGGCAAGGGGCUAUCAAUGUGCUUCAAAGAAAGAACUAUCAGGGAUCAGAAUCAGAGGAAGAGAUCGGCCACUGGAAGAGCUGUUUCAGGUAGAGCCACCUGAGGAAGCUGAGCUAGACGAAGAUCAAUCAGAGGCUUUUGAGAACCUUAUGUUGCUGAAGAUGAUUAAUUUCAGGGGUCACGACAAUGAGAUGCGGCUGGUAAGGCUUGUGCUGAAGAAGUCUACUCGUCUCAACCAGCUGAUACUAUUUACUCCCACAAGUAAUCUCCCAAAAGGGUCACGGUCAAGAAAAAAUCAGCCCAAAGGGCUCAAGAAGGACCAUAUGGAUACACCCCAAUUUAUUGAAACAAAAGUAUUGUCUCUCAGAAAGGCCUCGCCGAAUGCUCAGAUAAUUCUCAGUGAGCCUGAUGAUAGUGCAAUUGAGCCGUUGCACUGUGAGGGUUUUGUCAAGGUUGAUUGAUUUGUUAGUAGUGGAUUUGAAGCAGAUAAUGUGAAAUUAUCAGAGAGUAGCAACUGUUCUGUAAGAUGGAGGGCAAAGUAAAUCUUCAAGGUAGGCAGGAUGUUGUAUUAUGUAGUCCAUGAAGGAUCAUGGAGUAUACUGUAUGGCCCUCAUAUGCACCUUAACUCCUGAAGAUUAUCGCAGCAUGUUUAUCCACUGUAGGAGGCUGGACAAGAAUUUCUUAUGACAAUACUGUAGGAGGCUGGGUGUAUGAGACUUGUUCUCCUCAAUCUUCAUUUAGUUCAUUGCUGUAAUCAGUUGGA